GAGCGUCCCUGCUUGCGGGACUUUCUGGCAUCCGCGGGGUCAGCGUUCCCCAGUCCGGCCUAGGAGCGCGCUGCCUAAGGGUUGGGGCCAGGGGAGGGCCUCACGUACGAGUGGGCUCCGUCAUGGCCAGUGGCUGCAGCCUCGGGGAUGAAGAAAAGGAAGAAGAAACUCUGAAGAAGUUGGUAGUUAGGCUGCAAAAUGUCCAAGAAGGAAAACAGAUAGAAACCCUGAUCCAGAUCCUAGAGGAUAUGCUGAUGUUAACGUACUCUGAUCACGCUUCCAAGUUAUUUCAAGGCAAAAAUGUCCAUAUGCCUUUGCUAUUUGUUUUGGAUUCCUACAUGAGGGUCGCAGGUGUGCAACAGGUGGGUUGGUCACUUCUUUGUAAAUUGACAGAAAUUUGUCCUGAUAUAAUGCAAAGCUUAAUGGGUCCCCAGGAUGUUGGAAAGGAUUGGGAAGUCCUUGGUGUUCACCAGCUGAUUCUUAAAAUGCUCACUGUUCACAAUGCUAAUAUAAACCUUUCAGUGAUUGGACUGAAGGCAUUAGAUCAGCUGCUGACUUCAGAUUUGAUGACUUUGCAGAUAUUGGAAGAAGAUUGCAGUGAUGUAUUCACAUUAAUUUUUGAUGCCAUGCGUACAUUUCCUAGUAAUGAAGAGAUCCAAAGGUUUGGCUGUAAAGUUUUGCAUGUGCUUUUUGAGAAAGUUUCAGAAGAGCAGCUGACUGAAUUUAUUGAGAACAAUGAUUACAUGUUUUUGCUGAAUGCAUUAAAGAGAUUUAAUCAUGAAGAAGAAGUUGUUUUUCAUGUUCUUCACAGUUUACAUUCCCUAGCACUCCCAUGCAGUAAUGUGGAAGUCCUAAUGAGUGGAAAUGUCAGAUGUUACAAUAUUGUGGUAGAAGCCAUGAAAAUGUUCUCUAGCAGUGAAAAAAUUCAAGAAGUUGGUUGCUGUUUGUUACACAGGCUUACAUUGGAUAAUUUCUUUAAUAUCCUGGUUUUAAAUGAGGUUCAUGAGGUCAUCGUGAAAGCUGUUAAAAAAUAUUCAGAAAAUGCAACUUUACAGAUCGCAGCACUAAGCUGUUUGGCUCUCCUCACUGAAACUAUUAUUUUAAACCAAGAUUUAGAAGAAAAGAAAAAGAAUCAAGAAGAUGAUGAGGACAAUAAAUUAUACUGGUUAGAAGCCAGUUACAGAGCAUUGACAUUGCAUAGAAAGAACACAGACGUGCAGGAGGCUGCAUGCUGGGCUUUAAACAAUCUACUUAUGUACCAAAGCAAUUUACAUGAAAAUAUUGGAGAUGAAGAUGACCAGUAUCCAGUGCAUAGGGAAAUGCUGCUUGCCAUGCUGAUGCAUUCUUCAUCAAAAGAAGUAUUUCAGGCAGCUGCUAAUGCGUUAUCAACUCUAUCAAAACAAAAUGUUAAUGUCAGAAAAGCCCUGUUGUCAAAAGGAAUAUACUGGAAUGUACUGUUGUUAAUGAUGAAGCAUUUACAUUUCCCUGAAGUGGCUGAAAGCGGAUGCAAAAUGUUAAAUCAUCUUUUGGAAGGAAGUAACCUUCACCUAGAUGUAAUGGCAUCAGUGACAUCUAACAUAAUAAAAGUUAUGAAAAGUCACAAAACCUCAUCAACAGUGCAGCUGGAGGCACUUCAAACUAUUUUACAUAUUAUUGUCCCAGAACCAAAAGAGGAACCUGAGGAAGAUGCUUUAUUAAAUAUAAAUCUGAAAGUAGUUAAAAACCAAUGCCUAUUGAAUGACAUUCACAAACUGGUUCUAGAUGCUUUAAAUAAGUUUAUUGGAAAUCCUGGAAUUCAAAUAUGUGGAUUAAAAAUAAUUUCUUCUUUAGCAAAUUGUUCUGGUGCCUUAGAAAUGUUUUCUCAGCAAGGGGCCCUUGAUUCAGUACUUCAUACACUACAGAUGUAUCCAGUUGACAGAGUAAUUCAGUGCCUCGGUUUGAGUCUACUAGGAUGUUUGGUUACUGAAAAGAAUUUGUGCACAGAAACUCAGGAUCUGCUUGCAAAUAUUCUGGUUUCCAGCUUAAAACAAUUUAAGGAUGUUGUUGAAAUACAGAUAAGUGGAUUUCAAACAACUUUGGCAAUACUUGAAUUAUCACUUGGCUUUGCAAAGUUGCUGCUAAGUCAUCAUUCAUAUGACUCACUAAUUUUCUAUCAGAUGUCCAGGUGUUAUACUGAACAAAGGGAUCAUCAGUUUCAGAAUCUUUGUUGCAAAUUCUUUGCCAGAAUAACUUGUGAUGAUGAUGUUAAAAAUGUACUACUGGGGAGAGCCUGUGAGCAAAACAAUAGCAUUAUGGCUGAAUGCCUCCUCCUUUUGGGAGCUGAUAUUAAUAAAGUGACUGGAAAAACUUCUUUAAUCUGUCAGGUUUGUGAAAAGGAAAGCAGUCCCAAAUUAGUGGAACUCUUGUUAAAUAAUGGAUCGAGGGAACAGGAGAUUCGUAAGGCAUUGAUGAUCAGCAUAAAGAAAAAUAACAGUGAAAUCAUCAGUUUACUAUUAAGGAAGCUUGGUUUGGAUCUUGCCAAUAACAGCAUUUGUCUUGGAGGGUUUUGUAUUGGAAAAAUUGAACCUUCAUGGCUUAGUCCUUUAUUUCCAGAUAAAAUAUCUAAUUUAAGAAAACAAACAAACACAGGAUCUGCAUUGGCAAGAAUGGUAUUAAGAUAUCAAAUGAAAAGUUUAUCAGAAGAUGGACCAAUAUCAGACAGUGAUGGAAGUUUUCCUGAAGAUCAUCUUGAUGAAAUUAGUGAUUGGACUGUUAUACCUGAGUCUUCCGUAAACUGUAUAUUUGGUCACAGUGAUGAUCUUGAUAGUGAAGGAAGUGAAAGUUCAUUUCUUAUGAAAAAGAAAUCAAGUUCAUUUAAUGUGGGAGAUCUUUGUAGAGAUCCUGCGUUCCAGCGUGGCUCACCAACUUUGGAAAGGCAUUCCAAUUCAAUGGAGGCCAGUUCUGAUUGUGAAGAAUUGUUGAAGCGAACAAGAGACUUAUUUUCUUCAGAUGAUUCUGUCCAAGGAUCUUCAAAAUUCCAGUCCCAUUUGAGACAAUCAGACAGCAUUUUUCCUCUAACUUCAGAAAGAGAAUAUAUAAAGUCAUUAGACCUUUCAGCAAAUGAACUAGAGGAGAUUGAUGGUAUAAGCAAGAAAUGCUGUUUAAGUGAUCACUUAACACGUCUUGAGAAACUGGAGCUUCACCAGAAUGCACUUACAAGAGUUCCACAACAACUCUGUGAAACUUUAAAAUGUUUGACAUAUUUGGACUUACACAGUAACAAAAUCACUUCAAUUCCUGCCUAUUUGUUGAAAAUGAAUUGCAUUGCAAAUCUUGAUAUCUCCCGUAAUAAUAUUGGACCUUCUGUAAUUUUGGAUCCACAUAUCAAAUGUCCAACCUUGAAGCAGCUCAAUCUCUCAUACAAUCAAUUAUCCUCUGUCCCUGAAUUUCUUGCAGAUGUCAUAGAAAAUCUAGAACAACUCCUUCUGGAAGGAAACAAAAUAUCAGAAAUAUAUUCACCUUUGUGCUUGAAGGAGUUGAAGAUUUUAAAUCUUAGUAAAAACCACAUAUUAUCCAUAACUGAAGAUUUUCUUGAGGCAUGUAGUAAACUGGAAGUUUUUAGUGCCAGAAUGAAUUUGCUUGUUGCUGUGCCUUGCUUGCCCUCUAGCAUAACAAUUUUAAAUUUGUCACAAAACAAAUUUACAUGUAUUCCAGAAAUCAUUCGCAGCCUUCCACAUUUGAGGUCAUUAGAUUUGAGCAACAAUGAAAUUCACAACCUGCCUGGGCCUGCACACUGGAAAUCAUUAAACUUAAGGGAACUUUUGUUUAAUCAUAAUCAGAUCAGCAUUCUGGACUUAAGUGAAAAAGCAUAUAUGUGGUCACGGAUGGAGAAACUACACUUGUCCCAUAAUCAACUGAAAGAGAUUCCUCCUGAAAUUGGUUUUCUUGAAAAUUUAACAUCUCUUGAUGUGAGUUACAAUUUGGAACUGAGAUCCUUUCCUAAUGAAAUGGGGAAGUUAACUAAAAUCUGGGACCUUCCUUUGGAUGAAUUGCAUCUUAAUUUUGAUUUUAAGCAUAUAGGAUGCAAGACCAGAGACAUCAUAAGGUUUCUUCAACAGAGGUUAAAAAAGUCAGUGCCCUAUAAUCGAAUGAAACUCAUGGUUGUGGGAAAUACUGGCAGUGGAAAAACUACAUUGUUGCGACAGUUAAUGAAAUAUAAAAGAACAGAUUUGAGCACACCAAGUACUACAAUAGGCAUAGAUGUAAAAGAUUGGUCUAUCCAGCUGAGGAACAAAGGGAAGAAAGAGCUGAUCCUAAAUGUCUGGGAUUUUGCAGGACGAGAAGAGUUCUACAGCACUCACCCUCACUUUAUGACACAACGAGCAUUAUAUCUUGCUGUGUAUGAUCUUAGCAAAGGACAUGCUGAAGUAGAUGCUAUGAAGCCAUGGCUCUUCAACAUAAAGGCUCGGGCUUCUUCCUCACCAGUGAUUCUGGUUGGUACCCAUUUGGAUGUUUCUGAUGAGAAACAGAGAAAGGCCUCCAUAAGCAAAAUAACUAAGGAGCUCUUAAACAAAAGAGGGUUCCCUGAAAUACGAGAUUACCAUUGUGUGAAUGCUACAGAAGAAUGUGAGGCAUUGGUAAAACUUCGGAAAAGCAUCAUAAAAGAGAGUCUGAACUUUAAGAUCAGAGACCAGCCUGUUGUAGGACAGCUAAUUCCAGAUUGCUACUUGGAACUCGAGAAAAAAAUUUUAUUAGAGCGAAAGAAUGUUCCCACUGAAUUUCCAGUAAUCAGUCAGAAGCGACUAGUACAGCUAGUAAAAGAAAGUCAACUACAGUUGGAUGAAAAUGAACUUCCUCAUGCAGUUCACUUCCUAAAUGAAUCAGGUGUCCUGCUACAUUUCCAAGACCCAGCACUGCAGUUAAGUGACUUGUAUUUUGUGGAACCUAAAUGGCUGUGCAAAAUGAUGGCACAGAUUUUGACAGUGAAAGUAGAAGGCUUAGCUAAAUAUCCUAAGGGUAUUAUUCAGCGUUCAGAUGUGGAAAAGUUCCUUUCAAAGAAGAGCAGAUUUCCCAAGAACUACAUGUCUCAGUACUUUAAACUCCUGGAAAAAUUCCAGAUUGCUUUACCAAUAGGAGAAGAACAUUUGCUAGUUCCAAGCAGUUUGUCUGAUCAAAGACCUGUGAUAGAACUUCCCCACUGUGAAAAUUCUGAAGUUAUUGUUAGGUUGUAUGAAAUGCCUUAUUUUCCCAUGGGAUUUUGGUCCAGACUGAUCAAUCGAUUACUUGAAAUUUCUCCUUACAUACUCUCAGGCAGAGAACGGGCCCUUCGCCCUAACAGAAUGUAUUGGAGACAAGGCAUCUACCUGAAUUGGUCUCCUGAAGCCUAUUGUCUGGUAGAAUCUUCAAUUUUCGACAAUAGCUCAGAGAGUUUCUUGAAAAUUACAGCACCUUCAUGCAGAAAAGGCUGUAUUAUUUUGGGACAAGUUGUAGACCACAUAGAUUCUCUCAUGGAAGAAUGGUUUCCUGGUUUAUUGGAAAUAGAUGUCUGUGGUGAAGGAGAAACAUUGUUAAAGAAAUGGGCUUUAUAUAGUUUUAAUGAUGGUGAAGCACAACAAAAAAUAUUACUUGAUGAUUUAAUGAAGAAAACUGAAGAAGGAGAUCUCUUAAUUAAUCGAGAUCAACCAAGGCUUACUAUCCCAAUAAGCCAUAUUGCUCCUGAUUUAACUUUGGCUGAUCUGCCUAGAAAUAUCACGUUGAAUAAAGAUGAGUUGGAAUUUGAACAAGCACCAGAAUUUCUUUUAGGUGAUGGUGGUUUUGGAUCUGUUUAUCGAGCAUCCUAUAAAGGAGAAGAAGUGGCUGUGAAGAUUUUUAAUAAACAUACAUCACUUCGGCUAUUAAGACAAGAGCUCGUAGUGCUUUGCCAUCUCCACCAUCCUAGUCUGAUAUCUUUGCUUGCUGCUGGUAUUCGUCCCCGAAUGUUGGUAAUGGAAUUAGCCUCAAAGGGUUCCCUAGAUCAGUUGCUUCAACAAGACAAAGCUAGCUUAACCAGAACGCUCCAGCACAGGAUAGCGCUACAUGUUGCUGAUGGCUUAAGAUAUCUCCAUGCAUCAAUGAUUAUAUACCGGGAUCUGAAACCUCAUAAUGUACUCCUUUUUACCCUGUAUCCUAAUUCUGCGAUUAUUGCCAAGAUUGCAGAUUAUGGAAUUGCUCAGUACUGCUGCAGAAUGGGGAUAAAGACAUCUGAAGGAACAGCAGGAUUUCGUGCACCAGAAGUUGCCAGAGGAAAUGUAAUUUACAACCAACAGGCUGAUGUUUAUUCAUUUGGCUUAUUGCUUUAUGACAUUUUGACAACAGGAGGUAGAAUUCUAGAAGGAUUGAAAUUCCCAAAUGAAUUUGAUGAGUUAGCUAUAAAUGGGAGAUUACCAGAUCCAGUUAAAGAAUAUGGUUGUACUCCAUGGCCUAAAGUAGAAAACUUAAUUAAGAAAUGUCUGAAAGAAAAUCCUGAGGAAAGGCCAACGUCUGCCCAGGUAUAUGAAAUUUUGAACUCAGCUGAAUUAAUAUGUCUAAUGAGAUAUAUUUUAAUACCCAAAAUAUUUGUAGCAGAAUGCAUGGUUGCUACAAACCAAAGCAGCAAGAAUGCAGUCAUCUGGCUGGGUAGUGGCAACAAUGAUACAGGACAGCUAUCCUAUCUUGAAAUAAAUACUGAAAGACAUAUCUCUAAGGAUAUGACAGAGAGUAGAAUAUUGUGCCUUGCCCUUGUGUAUCUUCUGGUUGAAAAGGAAAGCUGGAUUGUGGCAGGAACACAGUCUGGUACCCUAUUGGCAGUCAAGACAGAAGAUGAUAAAAAGAGCCACAUGCUUCAAAGAAUGACCGACUCUGUUACUUGUUUAUACUGCAAUUCUUUUUCUAAGCAAAGCAAACAAAAGAAUUUUCUUUUGGUGGGAACUGCAAAUGGCAGACUAGCCAUUUUUGAAGACAGAAACGUUAAGUUUGAAGGAGCAACUCCUUUGAAGACAUUAAAUAUAGGAAAUGUCAACACUCCACUAAUGUGUUUAAAUGAAUCCAUGUAUUCAUCAGAAAAAAAUAUAAUCUGGGGAGGAUGUGGCACCAAGAUUUUCUCACUUUCUAAUGAUUUCUCCAUUCAGAAACUUAUUGAGACAAAGACAAAUCAACUGUUUUCUUAUGCAACAUUCAGUGAUUCCAACAUCAUUUCAAUUGUGGUGGACAAAGCUAUCUAUGUAGCUAAGAAAAACAGCCAUUUUGUUGAAGUAUGGGAUAAGAAGACGGAGAAACUUUGUGUACUAAUAGACUGUGUACAGUUUUUAAAGGAGCAUACAGUAAUAUUAAGCAAGGAAUCAAAACAUGAAAUGGCUUAUUCUGGAAGAGUGAAAACCCUCUGUCUACAGAAAAAUGCGGCACUCUGGAUAGGUACAGGAGGAGGUCACAUUUUACUGGUUGAUCUUUCAACACAUCGCAUCAUACACAUAAUUCAGAACUUUUGUAAUUCUAUUAGAGCACUGAUGACAGUCCAAUUGGGAAGCCUAAAACAUGUCAUGCUGGUUUUGGGGUACUGCCAGAAAAGUCAUGAAAGUACUCAGGCCCAAAAAGAAGUAGAGUCUUGUUUGUCUAUGUGGGACAUUAACCUACCACAUGAGGUGGAGAACUUGGAGAAGCAUACAGAAGUUAGAAAAGAAUUAGCUGAAAAAAUGAAAAGUAUUUCCAUAGAGUAAGAAAGCCCAUUAGAGAGCAUACUUGUUCUAUGAUUUGCUCCCAUUUUAAAAAAUUCUUUGACAUCUCUUUUAAAAUAUUUACAAUGCAAUAAUCAUUCUUGAAUAUAGUUUAAUAUAAAUGAACAAAUGCCUGUUUUUAAUGUGACUUUUAUAUGUACAAAAUAAUUAUUUAACAUUAUCAAAGUUCAGGAUUCUAAGCAUAAAGAAGUAUUUUAAAAAUUAAAAUAUUGUAAUAAUUCUAUAAUAAUUUUUAAUAAGAUAAAGGAAUUUAUUUACAUUAUACUUAUUUGGAAUGUAUGAACUCAUCUGUUAAUUCGCUAACUAAAUCUAGCAGAUUUGAAAAAUUUUUUAUGACAAUGAAGGUCAUUUUCAACUCGAUAAAUUCUAAAGUUGAAACAGUUGUUUUGUAAAUCAGAAUUUCAAAAUAAUUAAGAUAUUUUAACAUUUAGUACACCUCAUAUGAUACAUUCCUAUAUCACAUGUAAUUAAAUUGCUUAUAGUUGUGACACAAAAUUUUAAGCAUAGUAGUUAUAUCAUUGUUAUAAUAAAUGGAUGAGUCCCAAAUAAAAGUAUUGCCCAAUCUGAAAGAAUACUGUCAGCAGUAUAGCUAAUGGAAAAUUUUGUGAGCUCUCAGAUACCUAUUAUCCCCGUGAUAAGAAGUAUCUACAACAAUGUAAUCUCAUGUAAAAUAAAUACAGUCUGUCUCUUUCUUUCUCUCUCACAGUAAUAAAAGCUCUGAAUUUGUUGA